AGGGUCUAAAUGUGGCAUCAACUAGUAUGUUAGAAUUCAUCUCUGGCCUGGGACAGACAUGCCUUCUGAGAAUCCUAUCAUGAAAGGUCUUGUGGCUGUAUGUGCUGUGCAUGGAAUAUUUAUGGACCAUCUAGCUUCCAAGAAGCUCUGUGCAGAUGAUGAGUGUGUCUAUACUAUUUCUCUGGCUAGAGCUCAACAAGAUUAUAAUGCUCCGGACUGUAGAUUCAUUAACGUUAAAAAAGGGCAGCAGAUCUAUGUGUACUCAAAGCUGGUAAAAGAAAAUGGAGCUGGAGAAUUUUGGGCUGGCAGUGUUUAUGGUGAUGGCCAGGACGAGAUGGGAGUUGUGGGUUAUUUCCCCAGCAACUUGGUCAAGGAGCAGCGUGUGUACCAGGAAGCUACCAAGGAAGUUCCCACCACGGAUAUUGACUUCUUCUGCGAGUAAUGAGUUAGUUAAAACUGCAAAUAGAAAGAAAACACCAAAAAUAAAGAAAAGAGCAAAAGUGACCAAAAAAUGCAUGUCUGUAAUUUCGGACUGAUGUUUUAAGAAUAUGUUACCUUACAGAAGAGCGAGGGCUUAGGAGUUGGAGGUGGCAGAUGAAAGAGGAUUUUCAACUCAAGUCUUGUUUCCUGCUGGCCUGGUCUUCCCACGAGCUAGAGCGGGGAAAUAUUGAGCUCAAAUGGGUAAAUCGAGACCAGAAAAUUAUUUUUUCAACCUUGAGAAUCUCCUCUUACAGGGGGAUGCAUAUAACAGAUCAUGUAUGUGUAGUUAUUUCUAAGUAGUGAUUCUUCCCAGCUCUUUGAUUUCUCAUAUAUAAAAUAGGUGGGUCAUAGGUCUUCCCUUUAGACAUGAUGUUUUCUACUCAUUUGUCUCUCUGGCCAAUUGAAUUAUUAAUAAAAGGGCUGUAUUAUCAAAGAGUAUUCUAGUAUUUUUGUUACCUUUAAUAUUUGAUGCCUUUUGGAGGUGAAGCUGUUGGGGGAAGAAGAGUUUUUGGACCCAUAGAUGUUUGGAUGAUGUCUCUGAUUUGUCAUUUAGAAAAAUCUCAAAAAUGAUUUCAGUUGAAUAACUUGCCUUCUAAAUGAUCAAUUUACUUGUCCCCCAAUUUUAAAGAAGUAUGUGUAUAUUUAAUAGGGGAAGGUAGUUUAUGGAAAUAUUUUUAAUGGAAUAGUUUUCCCUUAAUAUGUAUCCUUGCUGGAUAUUAUUCAAGCUUAAAGUCAUCAAAAGACCCAGCAAAAAAAAAAAAACAAAAAAGUCUGUAGGUUAUUUUCUCUACUUCUAUUUCAACUUUGAAUUUCCUCUUCCUGUGCAAAUUCCUCUAGUCAAGUGUGAUAUAUCAAGAAAUCUGAGGAGGAUGCAGGUUUUGUGGUCCUGAUGGGCCCACAAGUUUUUCUAUAUUUAACUGGAAAUAUGCUUUGAUUUUGUGUUAUUAAUAUAAUUCUUUUGAUGUAGUCAUGAGUUUUUCUUUGUUUGCAUAUAAUUAAAAUGCCUGUACUCUACUUAAUGUCA